AUGCGCUCUUCCUUGGUGCAGAAAAUACGUCCACUGGCUGACUUUUUCCACUGUCUGUCCGGUGUGAACGACAGUGUGCGCGUUUGCCCGUCUGUAAAUAAUUCCUCUGGUCUCCUCUCUCUCCGCUUCCUCCUCUGUCGCCUCCUCCUCCUCCACCUCAGUUUUUUUCAACUCGUGCAAAACAUUCGCUUAAUUCCAAUCGUGUUACACUUAAACUUGAUUGAGCAAAUUCCAUUUACCUGUGGUGGUGGUGGUGGUGGUGGUGGUGGUGGUGGUGGUGGUGGUGGUGGUGGUGGUGGU